AUGGAGCUUAAACGACAAGCGCGCCUUAGGCGCGAAUUCAUCUAUCGCAGAUCAAUUGAGGCGCGGGACUCCGAAAGCCAACGUAAGAAACAGCUUCUUCGAUCCGCCCUCAAGGAAGGGAAACGAUUGCCGAAAGAAAUUCAAGAAGAUGGUUUGGAAUUGAACGAACAGUUGGAUUGGAGUGACGACGGGGGCGAUGGUGUUGUGGGUGCCGAAGAUGAUGAAUACUUAUGGGCCGGAGCAGAGGAUCCUCACGUCGUUGUCACCACCUCACGUGCGCCUAGCUCACGUUUAAAAGAAUUUGCUAAAGAACUGAGGUUCCUUUUUCCAAAUGCCACUAAAAUAAAUCGUGGUAAUUAUCAAAACAAAGACCUAAUUGAUGCGUGCUUGUCUAGACAGGUCACUGAUUUGGUCAUCGUGAAUGAGACGCGUGGUGUCCCGGAUACUUUGAUUGUAAGCCAUCUCCCCUACGGACCAACCGCUGUGUUCACCCUCUACAACGUCCGUACUCGGCAUGAUAUGGAGCAACUGGGUCGAGGCACUGGUGCCAAAGUGCCUCAAGCCUAUCCACACCACAUUUUCCAUGGACUAAAUUCAAAAUUAGGUCUUAGAGUUCGCUGCAUAUUGAAGCAUUUGUUCCCCGUCCCCAAGGAUGAUACCAGACGUGUGGUGACUUGGUACGAGGAAGACGAUGUUAUUUUCUUCCGUCACCACACCUUCAAGUACGUAGAGAAGGAACUGCAGCUGAAGGACCAUGGCCCAUCCUUUGACAUGCGCUUGUACAAAAUUUGGCGUGGUCCGCUACACGAAGAAGCCGCAGCUGAUGUUGAAUGGUUGGAUUGUUUUCAAGUGACCAGUAGAGUUGUUCAAACAACUCUCUUGUAUUUUGGACCUGCUUGGGUGCACAACUUCACAUUCUGCCUACAACCAUUGGCGAAUUGCCAGCCUGAAAUUCUAAAAUAA